AGGAAACCGAGACUCCAGGUCUCUGGGGCAGUGAGAGAAGGCCGAUUGAAAGCCCCUUGGGCAGGCUCGCAUCCCACCUGCCCGGACUCCUAGGGAGCCAGCCUCGCUGGGCUUGAGCUAGUUUUAUUUUUGUUGUUUUCUCUUUUAAUCUCGCAUGUUUUUGAAACCUUUUAGAAUUUCUUAGCAAUUCGCAGUCAUGGAGGUAGCACAGCCCAAGGACCUGCAGGAGGAUUUUGUCCUGGCCAAAAGAAGAUAUGCGGAGCUGGGCAGGCAGAAACGGAUUUUCAACGCCAGGAACAGGAUCAUCGGGGGUGACACCAUGGCCUGGGAUGCUCAGGUUUGUGACCAGAACAUAAAAGCAGCAACUGAAAAAGCGAGAGAGGAAGCCUUUGCUGCUGAAAUGAGACAAAAUGACAAGAUCGCAUGCAUAUCAGAAAACCGGGAAAGGAGAGAUAGGAAAAAUCUCUGUAAAGCUAUCAGCGAUUUCCAGCAGAGCUUUCAGAGCCCGGAAACGCGCCGUGAAUUUGACCUCUCUGACCCCCUAGCCCUUAAGAAAGAUCGUCCAGCCCGGCAGUCAGAUUAUGAUGCUUGGAAUACAAUAUCAGGAAUGCAGAAGUUCAUGGGAGAGGAUUUAAACUUCCAUCUGAGGAAGAAAUUCCAAGAGGAACAAAACAGGGAAUGGUCCCUGCAACAGCAAAAAGAACGGAUGGUUGGCCGGGAGAACCACAAAUGUGCAGAGGAUCUCUACUUGAAGACAAGGCUACAGUUUGAUGAGACAGCCAAGCACCUACAGAAUCUGGAAACCGCCACCAGGAAGGCAGUUUGUACAACUGUGAAAGAAUUCAACAUGAACCAGGCCCUGGAGUCAGCGGAAAAGAAAAUCCAAGAGAGAAAACAAGAACAGGAGGACAACCUAGCCGAGAUCUCCAACCUGCUGCGUGGGGACCUGCUCUCAGAGAACCCGCAACAGGCAGCCAGCUCCUUUGGGCCGCAUCGUGUGGUGCCCGACCGCUGGAAGGGCAUGAGCCAGGAGCAGCUGGAGGAGAUCCGCCUGGUGCAGAAACAGCAAGUCCAGGAGAAGCUGAGGCUCCAGGAGGAAGAGCGCCAGCGAGACAUGGACUGGGACCGGCGGAGGAUUCAGAAGGCUCGUGCCACCUUGCUGUUUGAGCGGCAGCAGCAGCGCCUACAGCGUGGCCUGCGCAGGGCUCUGGACUGCAGCAACCUCAGCCUGGCCAGGGAGCAGCUCCUGCAGAAAGAACAUAUGAAAGAACUCUCUACCAAUCAUGCCACUGAAGACUAUUUCACACAAUUUAAUACAGGAAGUCGAUAAGGAAAAAUUCACCUUCUUUUCCUCUGAACCGUUAAUGUGUAAAGUGCGGUUAGCUUGAAGAAUCAUAUCUGUUUGAAAAAAAAAAAAAGCACCCUUUGGUCCAGAAA